AUGUCAAGUGCCAUGACGAAUAGAUUGAAUAAUUUAAAAAUCGUACGAAGAAUUUGGAUUGAUCAGGGAGAUUCAAAGGAAGCCAUUAAGGCUCUUGUAAAAAUGAAAGAUUUGCCGCUUGCAUCCGAUAUGUUAGGGCAGCUGUUACGUCCAGAGUGUAAAAAGCAUUUAACUCUUGAAUUAUGUUCUCUCCUUUUACCAGUAAUUAUUGACCUCAUAAAGGAAAAUUAUGAGGAACACAUAUCAACCGCACUCAAAGCAUCCAUGUUGCUGUAUUCAAGCUUCUCAGGAAUGAUUGAAGAAAAUUUACAACUAUUUAAUAGUAAUCCAAAUAUUGCACAAAUGGAUAUUAAUGCAGAGGCAAGAAUUUCAAAAUGUCAAGCAUGCAAAAGAGGUUUCGGAGAAGUGAAGCGCAUUAUAAUAGAAAGAGCAGCUGAUUUCUCGCAAAUGACAGAUCUUGCUUUGUUAUCGAGGAGAGUUGUAAAGGCGAUCAAAUAA